AUGCAAAUAAAGCUCCUCAAGCGGCGGCUGCUCCUGGCCUGGGUGUGUGGGACGGAAGAGCUGUACGUGUCUGAGCGAGAGGGCAGUGAUGCCUCGGGUGAUGGGACACAGAAGAAGCCAUUCAAGACUGUUUUGAAGGCUCUGAUGACAGCAGGGAAGGAACCCUUUCCUACUAUUUAUGUGGAUUCACAAAAGGAAAACGAGAGAUGGGCCAUUAUUUCAAAGUCGCAGAUGAAAAAUGUCAAAAAACUGUGGCACAGGGAACAAAUGAAGAAUGAUGCUAAGGAGAAGAAGGAGGCAGAAGAUCUCUUGAGAAGAGAGAAGAAUCUGGAGGAGGCUAAGAAGGUUAUUAUCAAGAAUGAUCCUAGUCUUCCAGAGCCAAAAUGUGUCAAGAUUGAUGCUCUGGAGGCCUACAGAGGCCAGAGAGUGAAGAUUUUUGGCUGGAUUCACAGGUUACGGAGACAAGGAAAAAACUUGAUGUUCAUUGUUUUGAGAGAUGGCACAGGUUUUCUUCAGUGUGUCCUAUCAGAUGAAUUGUGUCAGUGCUACAACGGGCUGGUCCUCUCGACGGAGAGCAGCGUGGCGGUGUACGGGACGCUUAACCUGGUCCCUGCAGGAAAGCAGGCUCCAGGAGGCCAUGAGCUGAACUGUGACUACUGGGAGCUCAUUGGUCUGGCCCCAGCAGGAGGGGCUGACAAUCUCCUCAAUGAGGAUUCGGAGGUUGAUGUGCAACUGAACAACAGGCACAUGAUGAUCCGAGGCGAGAACAUGUCCAAAAUCUUCAAGGUGCGCUCCAUGGUGGUGCAGGCCUUCAGGGAUCAUUUCUUUGCCAAUGGAUAUUAUGAGGUCACACCACCAACUUUAGUCCAGACACAGGUGGAAGGAGGCUCAACCCUAUUCAAGCUGGAUUACUUUGGUGAAGAGGCAUACUUAACACAGUCCUCCCAGCUCUAUCUGGAGACCUGCAUUCCAGCACUAGGAGAUGUUUUCUGUAUUGCUCAGUCAUACAGAGCUGAGCAGUCCAGGACCCGCAGACACUUGGCAGAAUACACUCACAUUGAGGCUGAGUGUCCUUUUAUAAGUUUUGAGGAUUUGCUGGACCGUCUGGAGAACUUGGUUUGUGACGUGGUGGACAGAGUCUUGAAAUCACCUGCAUCGAGCUUACUGCACGACCUCAACCCGGGCUUCACGCCCCCUAAGCGUCCUUUCCGACGAAUGAACUACACUGAAGCCAUCGAGUGGUUAAAGGAACAUGAUGUGAAGAAGGAAGAUGGCACUUACUAUGAAUUUGGAGAAGAUAUUCCUGAAGCUCCUGAGAGGCUGAUGACAGACACCAUCAAUGAGCCAAUCUUGUUGUGCCGAUUCCCUGCAGAGAUCAAGUCCUUCUACAUGCAGCGCUGUCAGGACGAUGCCCGCCUUACAGAGUCUGUUGAUGUGUUGAUGCCCAAUGUUGGUGAGAUCGUGGGCGGGUCCAUGCGUAUCUGGGACAGCGAGGAGCUACUCGAGGGCUACAAGAGAGAGGGCAUUGAUCCCACACCAUACUACUGGUACACUGACCAGAGGAAAUACGGUACGUGCCCUCAUGGUGGAUAUGGUUUGGGAUUGGAGCGGUUCCUGACCUGGAUUCUGAACCGCCACCACAUCCGAGACGUGUGUCUGUACCCGCGCUUCGUGCAGCGCUGCCGGCCUUAGCCACCCUG